AUGGUGACAACUUUCAAGGUCGCCGUGCUUGGGGCUCAAGGGGUCGGGAAGAGCGCCAUCGUCCGCCAGUUCCUCUACAACGAGUUCAGCGAGGCGUGCGCGCCCACCAAGACGCGGCGUGUCUACCUGCCGGCCGUGGUCAUGAACGGCCACGUGCACGACCUACAGAUCAUGGACUUCCCACCCAUCACAUCUUUCCCAGUUAACACGCUGCAGGAGUGGGCAGACGCGUGCUGCAGGGGGCUUCGGAGUGUCCACGCCUACAUCCUAGUCUAUGACAUCUGUUGCUUUGACAGCUUUGAGUACAUCAAAACUAUUCGACAACAGAUCCUAGAAACGAGGGUCAUUGGCACCACCGAGACCCCCAUCAUCAUUGUGGGCAACAAGCGGGAUCUGCAGAGGGGCCGGGUGAUUCCCCGCUGGAACGUCUCCAACCUGGUGAAGAAGACCUGGAAGUGCGGCUACAUCGAGUGCUCGGCCAAGUACAACUGGCACAUCCUGCUGCUCUUCAGUGAGCUGCUCAAGAGCGUGGGCUGCGCCCGCUGCAAGCACGUCCACACCGCCAUCCGCUUCCAGGGGGCACUGCGCAGGAACCGAUGCACCAUCAUGUGA